AUGAAUCGUUCCGGCCGCAAUGGUCGCGCGGGGGCGGGCGCCUCCGCCGCUGCGGCGUCCGCCUCCUCCUCUGCGGACACGGAGACGCUGGUGCUGCGCGCGACGCCGUCCAUCAAGCGCUACAACAUCGCGCGCUUCGACCUGCCGGAGCUGCCGCGCUUCAGCGCCUGCGCGCAGCCCGUCAUGAUGUACCGCGAGCCGGAGCGCGUGGACGAGGAGGAGGAGAAGGAGGACGAGGCCCCCAUGGGCUACAACCCGGCGCUGCGCAAGCGCCGCCGCCGCCGCCGCAAGGACACGCGCACGGCCGGCUGGGUCAUCGAGGACAGCGAGGGCAAGAACAAGUUCAACGGCACGUUCGAGGGCGGCCAGUCGUCCACGUACAUGCUGCUGGCCAAGAACCGCCACAACGACGAGUUCAGCGUCAUGCCCGUGGAGCAGUGGUUCCGCUUCAAGAAGCCGCUCAACUACCGCACGCUCACGCUCGAGGAGGCCGAGGAGAUGAACAACGAGAAGAAGCGCGCGGUCGAGCGCUGGCUCAUGAAGCACAAGCUCGCGGGCGAGGACAAGCCCGACGCCGCCGGCGACACGGUGAGCGCGCCGCGCGUGCGCACGGGCGCGCUGGCCACGGCCUCCGCCAAGCCCAAGGCCGAGGGGGACGACAUCUUCGGCGUCAGCGAGACCGCGCGUCCUCGCCGCGUCGCGCGCCCCAAGGCGCGUGGAGAGGGCGCCACGGGAGAAGACGGAGGAGACUUCGAGGAGAAGUUCGACGACGACGAGAGCGACGCGGAGAUUCAUAACGAUGAACCGCAGGGCCUCGAGUCGGACUCGGACGAAGACGAGUUCGAGGUGGACCCCGAGGGCACCGGCAAGCUCACGGAGACCGGCCAAGCCAUGAAGGACCUGCUCAAGCGCGCGCAGAAUGGAGAGAUGCUGGAGAACAACAAGGACAAGGAGGACAAUGAUGAUGGCGACGAGGACGAGAACUACACGGCCAAGGACAUGGACGUGAUCAUCAAGCGCGAUCUUGGUGGAAACAUCAUCCGCGAGCGCGUCACGGCCGGCGGGGACAGCGGCGCCUCGGGCGAUACCAAGACUGGCACCGGUGCAGCUGAUAACGCAUCUUCGGCUGACGCUAACGGCAAGACGAAGAGUGGAGCGGCUGGUGUCGAUAGCGCUAAUGGCAAGCGCAAGGCCGACGACGGGCGCAAGACUGAGGAGCCGCCGACGAAGAUUCAGAAGCCGGCGGCUCCUUCGUCGUCCAACAAGCUCACGGAGGCUGGCGUGCAGCAAGAGCUGAUCCGUUACGGCGGACGCAUGCGCACGCGUGACCUGCUGAGGAAGCUGAAGAAGCUGAUUGUCACGGAUAACGACAAGGCGCUGCUCAAGGACAUCCUGCGCACCAUUUGUGACGUUGAAGUGGAUGCGAUCGACGGUCGCCUGCUGGUGCUCAAGUCGCAGUUCCGUUAA